UGCUCCCCUUCCGCCCCCCUCCUAUCCCCCUCACUCCGCUUGUGCGGCCGCGUGUGCUGCUGCUGCGGAGUUGCGGCCGCGCUCCCCCGUCCCUCCCCCCGCAGAGCCUUCGCUUCGGUACGAUCGAAGCUCCGGCAGCCCGAAUCUCCUUACGCUUGAAGCAUCUGUGCUGGCUCCUUGACUAUGACCAUCGAGAAGAUGGGUAGAAAGAAGAAUCCAAUUGUCUUUCUGGAUGUAUCGAUAGGUGAUGGGCCUGACGAAAGAAUGAUAUUUGAGCUGUUUGCUAAUGUUGCUCCCCUUACAGCAGAGAACUUCAGAGCAUUAUGCACAGGUGAGAUGGGAAUUGGACAAUCAACUAAGAAGCCAUUAUAUUACAAGGGAUCAACAUUCCACCGUGUCAUCAAGGGGUUCAUGGCACAAGGUGGCGACUUCUCAAAUGGAGACGGAAAUGGUGGAGAAAGUAUAUACGGCGAACAAUUUGAAGAAGAUGAAAAUUUUGUGCUACGCCAUGAUGACCGGGGUCUCUUGUCAAUGGCAAAUGCUGGACGUAAUACCAAUGGCUCCCAGUUCUUCAUUACGUUCAAGCCUAAUUCUCAUCUUGACAGGAAGAACACUGUUUUUGGCAAGCUUAUUCUUGGAAAUGAUGUGCUGAAGAGGAUUGAGCAUGUUGAUGUGGAUGGUUCUACUAAUAAGCCUAUCGUUCCAGUAAGAAUAGUGGAUUGUGGGGAGCUUGUUGAUGGUAAAGGCCGGGGAUCUUUCUCAACUGAAAAUGAUAAAAAGAAAGUUAAGUCAAAGUUGUCCAUUGAUUCAUCUGAAGACGAAGGUAAUGAAGAAAAACACAAGGGCCGUCGCAAGAAAUCUUUGAAGAGGAGAAAGAAGAAGAGAAGAUACUCUUCUUCAGAAUCAGAAACCUCAUCUGAGUCUGAGUCGUCAGAUUCUGAGAGUGAAUCAGAUUACUCCAGCGAGUCGUCUGACAUCAGCAGCUCAAGUGAUGACAAGCGGAGACGAAGGAAGAGACACUCCAAGAAGGAUAAACGCAAGCAUGGGAAAAGAAGGCGAGAUCGCAGGCGCGAGAAAAGACGUAGAAAGCGUGACAGGAAAUCAAAGCAGAAGUCAAAAAGGAUGGUAGAGAGUGACAGUGAAACUGGAAAUGCGAGUGAUGGCAGCUCUGAGGAUGCCAGAAGAAAGCGGCAACGCCAUGGAAGGAAAUCUAAGGCCACAUCUCAAAUUUCUGCUGAAGAUCACACAGCAGUAGCUGCUCUGAAGGAUGCCACUUCAACUCAGGAAAAGAUUGGAACACCAAGGAGUCUGGCACAAGAAGACAAAUCUCCACUGGAGAAUGGCGAGAUGCGCACAAAUGGUGUUACUGACUCCAAAUCUGAAAGGAAGGCCGGUAUCAUGCCUGUUCUAACUGGCAACCGAAGCAAAUCUAGGAGCCAGAGCACGAGUGCUAAUCACUCCAUGAGCAAGAGCAUGAGUGUAAGUCCCAGAAGCCCAAUCAAAAGGUCAAACGUCAGCCUGGAGAGAUUGGUAAGCCCGAGUCCUGUUCAUCAGCGUAGUAGAAGUCCUGUCCAUGCUUCCAAACAAAAAGAAAGCAGGAGCCCACCCGGACAGAGGAAUAUGAGCAUGAGUCCUCAUCGAAGAAGCCCCAGCAAGAGCCCACCUGGAAGGGCAAGCAGAAGUCCUGUUGUCCGCAGGAACAGGAGUCCUGUUGAAGUUCGGACAAGAAGCAUUAGCAGGAGCUCAGCUAGGUCCUUGCAGCGAAGAAGUCCAAGUAGGAGCCCGGAAAGAACCCAUGUGCGAAAAAGUGUCAGUCCAAGCCCCACACCUAUGGAGAAGGGAAAAAGCAUUAGCCGAACUUCUGCAAGAUCUCCACUCCACAAGGGUUUUAGCCGGAGCCCUGAUAUGCCUCCCAGAAAGACUACAAGCAGAAGCCCUCAAAGGAAUGCUCAUAGAAACUUUAGCAGGAGCCCUGUGGGAUCUUCUAGAAGAAGCUUGACCCCUGUACGAGGUGGUCGAUCUCGCAGGAACGCCAGCAGAAGUCCUAGCCCACCUCGCAGGGCAGUAUCACCACCCAAUCACGGUAGGAGCCCAUCUAGGAGUGUCUCUCCCGAUGGAUCAAAACGCAUAAGAAGAGGGAGGGGCUUUACUCAACGUUACUCAUUUGCCAGACAGUAUCGUUCACCUUCUGUUGAUCGUUCUCACCGCUAUGGUGGAAGAGGUGAUCGUGACAGGUAUAUCAGUCACAGGGGCACUCGUUAUCGAUCACCUCCAAGACGAUACAGAAGCCCACCAAGAAGAGCAUCACCAAGGUCUAGCAGGUACAGAAGGAGGAGCCGAAGCGUGUCACGCAGCCCACCAGCUUAUCGAGACCGUGCAAGGGGAGGUGGCUACAGCAGGAGUCCAGUACGUAGUCGUUCGCCUCCUGCUGGGAAACCAAGUUCCCGAGGUGAUCGUGCACGGUCGCUCUCCAGGAGCAGGAGCCUGUCUGGGUCAAGAUCAAGGUCCCCACCACCUGUGCAGGAUUGCUCCCCCCUUGCCUCCCCAUUUCCAAAACAUGCAAGUAACGACAGGUCCCGGUCUAUGUCGGUGAGUCCUGAAGGGAAGAAGGGUUUGGUUUCCUAUGGAGAUGGCUCCCCUGAUUCUGCUGGGAAGUAGGGGAAAAAGAAAGAAGGCAUUCACUAGCUGUUUCCCCUGCUGUUGUUCAGCUCUGUUAAAAUGUUACAUAUGUGAUUCGAGAUGAUUUUGAAUUUGGUUGAAUUAUCUUUGGACAACUAUAAUCUGAGGUUAGUCUAUGGUUUUGUUAA